AUGACAGCUCAAGAAUCAGCAUCUGGCCUCGAUCGCGAUUUUCUUGAAUCCUCGUCCCGUAAAGCCUUCUCCGCAAAGGCCCAUACAGCCAACAAAGCUGCCUCACUGAGAAAAUCAGUAUCUGCCCCAACCUCACCCCAAAAGGUAUCCUCUGAGCGAAUCAAGCGGACGCCCUAUGAUUUUCCACUAUCUCGAAGUUCUUCAAAUUCUUGGCUCGAAAAUUUCUGGGCUUCGGAGACUGGGGCCUUGGUUCAGGAGUUUUGGAUCAAAAGCAAACAAUGGUAUCGAUCCUAUGGUAAUCAAUUCGGUUAUUUAUAUAUUGCGUAUUUCGUUUUAUUCAUCUUGAUAACAACUUCAAACAAAGCAAUUUCGCAAAGUCAUUUCGAUCUCCUAUCCAAUACGAUUGGUGUCGCUGGCGUAUUCUCAGAAACAAUUGAGAAUGGAUAUUUGUUCGAAAGUAUUCCCGUUGAACUUCGAGAUGCGAGCGCUGAUUUAAGGGCAUAUCAUGAUCUAUAUGCGGAUUCAAGUCGUAAUUCGAGACAUCAUACGCGCGCUGUGAGCAACUUGUUGUCUGAAUUGGAUGGAAUAGAUUACCAUUGGAAGUCAUUUGAGAAUAGUAGGGACAAAGCGAUAACGAGUGUCAAGGAAGAGCUGCAAGCUUCGCGUGCGAUAUUUCAAGCGGAAUAUAACAGAUUGGGAGGAGCAAAUAGGGGGUGGUUGAGUGGAUUGGGGAAACAAUGGGCCAAAAGGAUAUUAUUGCGCGAUCCGUGGGAAUCGAAGGUGCACUUUAAGGAAAGCAAUUGGAUAAAUAGUACGAUUGAAAUGGAAAAUUACAUUGACGUCUGGCGAAACAGAAGAAUACCGGAACUGAGAUAUAAAUUUACCUCCUACCGGGGGGGUAAGACCGGUGGACUGCCGGGAUUAGUAAAAGAAGUGAAGGAUAGUUGGCUGGUGAAGGCUUCGGGGCCUAAAAGAUUUAGGGUCGCACCAGUAUAUGAGCUAGAAGAAGUAGCAAAAAAAGCGAUUAGUCUCUUGGGGCAAGCGGAUGGAAUCUAUAAAGUGUUUGGGCAUGUGAUUCAAACUUUGAAACAGGGUGGCACGAAGAGAAAGUGUGCAUUUGGGAGAGGACGUCUGGAGAUAUUAUUGGGGAAAUUUGAUGAAUCGAUCAAGCAAUUGGAGGCGGCGGAAUGGGCAAUUAGGGAGAGGCUAGGUAGGGCGGGUUCGCUGCAAGACGGUCUGUUGGCUGGGUGGAUGUGA